AUGCCGAAGAUGAAACUACGGAUGAAUGUGAGCGAGGAAGGUGGCGACGAAACGACAGAAGAAGAUGUAUUGGAUCCGUCGGAGCGCCAACAUAUGCCCAGGGUGGUCUCUCCCACUUCGAUGUCCAACAGGCUGGAGCAUUCGCCCAGAGCUCAUGUAUAUCCAGCUCAGCUGGACAAGGAGACAGUUUUUGAGUGGUUUGGCCUACAUCUAAACCCUGCCAAGCGAAUCGAGUUCAUGUGCGGGCUGAUGCAUAUGUGCCAACCCCUGGAGCUUCGCUUUUUGGGAUCUUACUUGGAGGAUCUCGCCAGGAAAGAUUAUCAUGUUUUACGGGACUUUGAGUUUCGUGCAAAUAAUCCACACGAGUUGGGGGUUUUAACGGACUUAAUCGACCCGGUGGUGAGGUCCAAACUACUGGUAUGUCUAUCCCUCCUCGGAUCUGACAGCAGGGAGUGCGCUGGGAUACUCUUUCGCAUACUGAGCCAUGUAGAUUCGUCCCUGUUCUACAAAAAAUACGACUACUCCCUUCCUUUAUUCAGGGACCCCCACCACCACUCGUUCCAUACGGAUGGAAAUGCUUGCAAACAAACAUGCGGGGUCUCUAGCAACGAGAUCCCCGCAGGACCUUUGGACCAGUUAGCGCUGCUUUUCAGUAUGGCCUCUUUACACCCAGCUUUUCAUUUUCACCAGCGGGAGUCUCUUCGGACACAUCUUGAUAAAAUUGAGCUCGCAAUAGAAGAGGAAAGACGUCAUUUUCAUCGAAUUGCACAAACAACUGAGCUGCCUGGCCAGAAGGUUGAAUAUCCACCAUCUUCAUCUCUAGGUUUAGGGGAAUCUGCAGACCCUCAUCUACCUUGUCAGAGUCGCCGCUCCAAACGCAAUGUGUUACAAAGAGAAGCGGUGCAUAUAGAGACAAUAGUGCUCAAGUGUAUCUCUCUAACCAGGAUAGACAAGGAAUACAACUUUGAGGUGAAGUGGUCAGACUCCUCUUCUAGUAAUGUGACCAAAACCCAUCUAGAACUGGAAAAUUUUCUUUUUAAGCUUCCUAAAGAUCAGUGCACUGAAUCAUUUGCGAAGAGCCUCCUGAGACUUUUGAGCCAGGGUGGCCACUAUGACAGCAGAGAGGGCGAGAAAAGCCUCAGGGAAAAGUUCCUUGCUGCUCCUCCAGUUUUCAGACAGACCAGGAAAGUAUGCAGCUUCUUCAAUUGUGACUCCAGUUACUCUACAAAACCAUCAAGUUGCCGUUGUAACUGUCAGCUAGGGAAAAACUUACAAGGCGAGUGCUCUGAUGCUUCUAGUCAGGACGAAGACAUAGAAUCUUACAGCCAGGGGCACAAAAAAAAGCACGGGGUGAAGAGUGCAAGUCAAAGUCUGUCGAGUGCCAAAGCCCCGCAGGGAGAGAGUCGAAGGGGGCCUCAUGUCUCUGAACUCGGUGGUCCAGUAGAAAGGAGGAAGAGAGGCUUCAACCUGAGAAACGUGGCAGAGCCUGAACAGGACACAGAGAAGAGAAGCCACCCAGGAGCCAAAACCAAGGGCAGAGUCCUGCCAGCAGACAGAGAGACCGAGAAGGGAUCUUCACAUGUGACCAAUGGUAAUAUGAUACCAGCUCAUUUGCCUCAGAAGAAAGGUUUGGUAGCUGCUACAUGUUCUGGUCCAGACACUUUAGGUGAAACGUCAUCAGAGAGUUACAGUUCUCCAUCAAGUCCUCAACAUAGAGGAGCAGAGAGUCUGGAUAGUGAGGAUGAUCAUAAUAAAGAUACUGACAGCCACUCGGAUGACUUCUGCAAAGUACCAGGACCUGGCAUGUGUUUCGCCCAUCAAACUGAUGCAAAUGUCGUGGAAAACCCCAUGUCUAUCCACUCUUUGUCCCCCAACAACCACACAGCUCAGAUAGACUUUAACAGCCCAGAGAACAGCAUACCAUUCUCUCCUCUCUUUCCUCUUUCCUUCAUGCAUCCUCUGCCUGACGUGCUCCCUAAUGGCGCGUGUGAGCCUCCACUUGCUGUGCCUCCGCCUGCCAACCAAAGCAUUCUCCCGGACGGAAAGCCACCUUCUGGUCCGCUGAUGAUGCCCAUGCCUCCGGGGGUUCCAGUUAUGCCAACACCUGUGGAAGCUGAAAAAAGGGACAUUAUGCCAACUUUUGGUAUUUCUUCUUUGGGCUUCCAGCCUGGUGCGCAGCCUCAGAUCCAGAGGUUUAAAACAGCUUUGCCCCAUAGCCAAAGUGCUCAUGAUGGCUUAUCAGAGAGCACUUCAACUCCUCUGACAAGGUCACUGCCACUUGGAGAAGCUUCACAUGGCAAGCAUCCUGGUCUGAACUUACCGUCUGCUUUGCCGUCGCCCUUCGCACCUGCAGCUCCUGGACACGGGCAAACAGGCGUAGCACCGGCUGCACCCACGCACAGUCCAUGCCCCGCUCCCAGUCCCAGCCCAGCACUUGCUCACAGCACAGCACUUAGUGACUGUCUAUCUUACAGCAACGCCGGUGCUUCCUGUGGAAGUGGCUGCGACAAUCCUAUCGCUCUUCAACAAACCCCGCCGCAACAAGUGCCCUCCCAGCAGUCCCCAGCAGCACCACAACAGCAGCAGCAGCACCUGCUCGGCUGCGGGACUUGCGGCUGCCACAACAACUGCGGAGGUCGAGGAGGCGGCGGGAACGGCACGAGUGGCUGCCAAGCGCCGCUCUUCUUCCCCAACCACCAAAUGGCGGCGGCCGUGCGGCAAGUCUUCAGCGUCCCGCCUCCUCUCUUCCAUCUCACGAGCCUGUGGAUCAACAGCUACCUCACCCAGGGCCAGCCGCCCCACCAGGCCAACGGGGCCGCCGCCCUGCCCGCCUUCUACCCCACCGCUCCGCAUCCCGGGCACCCUUCGGCCUACGGCCCCCUCCACUCGCAUUCUCAAAGUCACACCGACGUGCCAUCGCACAUGCUGAGCACGCAGGUGGUAGCGGCGGCGGCGAGCUACAACUUCCAGCAGCAUAUGACGCCGGCCGCGUCCUUCCAACGCAUUUACCAGCAGGUCUAUCCCAAUCCACUUCAAGCCGCUACCCUGGGGGGCGGUGGAGUCAAUAAGAAAAACGGAAGCGUGUCCUGCUCCAACUGCGGCGUGAGCGGGCACUACGCUCAGGAGUGCAAUCAGCCCUCCAUAGACUCCACACAGCAAGGUGGCUUCCGGUUAAAGUACACAGCUUCACAUGUUGCCGAGGCACUCGACGGCGCUGACUAA